CCAUCUCUCUUUUCUCGAAUAUGGUAAAAUAUUAAGACAAGACAAGACAACACGAGAUCUCAAAUUGUAGAGCCAUGGCGAGCGUUCAGACUCUCGACCUGGAGAUCCAAGUUAACAUGACGGCCGAUAGAUUUUUCAACACUUUCAAGAAGAAAGAAGGAAAUUUCACAGACAAGACAGAGGCAGUUUCUGUUCAUCGUGACGAUCCCAAAUCCAACUCCUCGAUUCAGAUCUGGAACUUCAUCGUAGAUGGAAAGAUGGAGCAGAUUAAGGAGAAGAUAGAGGUUGAUGAAGAGAACAAGUCGGUUUCUUUCUUAGCUAUUGAAGGAGAUGUGUUGGAGCAGUACAAGAGCUACAAGAUAACACUUGACGUUGUUCCUAGAGAUGCUGGAGUUUGUAUUGCCAAGUGGAAAUGGGAGUACGAGAAGCUCAACGACGACGUUCCUCCCCCUACCAAAUACAUUGCUUUCGUUGCAGAUUACACGCGUGACCUCGAGACUAGGUUGUUGUCUGAAUCAUAAAUUAACUCAUCAACGUCGUCUUUGAGUUUCCUUCUUAAAACAAAUGAAAUCUUAUAGUCCCCUGUUUUGGUUCUUUGGACUUGUUUACAGUCUAUUUGUAGUUAGAAUGUGUUGGUGCAAUCUCUACAUGCACGAAUCCAAAUCAAGACAUCAGUUUCUACUAUUAUCGAAAAGUUUUUGUAGAUGGCUCUACUUUUAGUUA